AACGCAAGUUAUAGAGCAAGACGCUGCGAGAGAAGGAGAGAGAGAGAGAGGACGGUAAGCGGUUUUAUUGCUGAGAAGACAAAGGCUCAGAGUGGUUUUGUAACUGACGAGAGAGAGAGAGUGAGAGAGAGAGAGAGAGUGAGAGCGGGGACAAUUCACAUUGAAGCGAGUAGGUGCGGAUAUCGCAGCAACCGAAAAGGUUUUUAGGAUAUUUGUUCCAGAUAAAUCGGUGGCUUGUUUGUAUUGGUGGUGAUGACGACGAUAAGGGCGAAGAUGAAAACGAUGAUCCAUAUUGGAGUAGGCUGAAGAGCGUGUUCUGAAGAAGCUCUUUCUGCUUGUCCUUUAGGCUUUUGUUUCUCUCUCUUUCUCUGUCUCUUGAGUAUUGCGAGGUUUGUUGGUUCGGCUGCUUCUGAUGGCGCAAGCCGUGGAACGCCGCGAAUCAGGUUUGGAGAAUGACCAUCUGUAUGUGGAGCUGUGGAAGGCAUGUGCGGGUCCUCUUGUUGAUAUACCUGAGAUAAACGAGAGAGUCUUCUACUUUCCUCAAGGCCAUAUGGAACAAUUACAGGCAUCAACAAAUCAGGAAUAUGUUCAACAAAUUCCACAGUUUAAUCUUCCCUCGAAGAUCCUUUGUCGCGUUAUACACGUACGACUAAUGGCGGAGCCGGAAACAGAUGAAGUUUAUGCACAGAUCACUUUACUCCCACAAGCUGAUGAAAAGGAACCUAUAGAUCCUGAUCCAUGUCCUCCUGAGCAACCGAGACCGACUGUUCAGUCAUUUUGUAAGAUUUUGACUGCAUCUGAUACAAGCACGCACGGAGGGUUCUCUGUUCUUCGGAAGCAUGCAAAUGAAUGCCUGCCUCAGCUGGACAUGACCCAGUCCACCCCAACUCAGGAUUUGGUUGCCAAAGAUCUUCAUGGGUACGAGUGGCGAUUUAAGCAUAUAUUCCGAGGUCAACCGCGAAGGCAUUUGCUCACAACAGGCUGGAGUACAUUUGUGACUUCCAAGAGAUUAGUUGCAGGGGAUGCUUUUGUUUUCCUGAGAGGUGAUACUGGGGAACUGCGAGUCGGGGUCCGGCGACUUGCUUGGCAACAUAGUGCUAUGCCACCAUCAGUGAUUUCCAGCCAGAGCAUGCAUCUAGGAGUGCUUGCCACAGCAUUUCAUGCUAUUUCUUCACAAACCUUUUUUGUUGUGUACUACAAACCAAGGACAAGCCAGUUUAUAAUCAGACUGAACAAAUAUCUGGAGUCUGAUAACAAUAAGUUCUCAGUUGGCAUGCGGUUCAAGAUGAGAUUUGAAGGAGAAGAUUAUCCUGAGAGAAGAUUCACUGGAACUAUAGUUGGCGUUGGAGAUAUAUCAUCAGAAUGGCAAGAUUCUAAAUGGAGGUCAUUGAAGGUCCAAUGGGAUGAACCUGCAACUAUACACAGACCGGAUAGGGUCUCACCAUGGGAGAUUGAACCUUUUGUAGCUUCUGCUUCGUUAAAUUUUUCCAAAAGGUCCCGAUCUAUUGAUCUUCCAGUUGCUGAAAACACUACCAGUUCAAUGGCUUCUUCCUUCUGGUUCCCUGGAUCAGCAACAUCCUUUGAAUUCAGCCACAUGGGGAGUGUGACAGAUGGCCAAAACAGUGAAAGCCAAGCUAUCUGGUCUCCAAGGCAGAAAGACCUAAGCAGCCAUCUCACUAAUAGCAGCAGCUACUGUAGCUCAAGGCCGCCCUGGGCAGAUGGAAUCUUGCCUCCUUCGCCAGUUGGGAACGGUUCUUUAAAUCUGUUAUGCAAUUCGAUGGAAGACAGUAAAAAUGCAGCAGCUCGGAACGUCCUUCCUGAUUAUACCUCACAUUUCUCAUCAAGGCCAAGCAGUACUAUAACCCUUGAUCAGGAGGAGAAGUGGAAAAGAUCAGAGAGUUCUACUGGUUGUCGGCUGUUUGGGAUUGAUCUGACAUACAACAGUGCUGCUUGUCCAGAGAAGGAAUCUGCAUCUCCUAGUGGCCUUAUGUCUGGUGGUUUCAAGAGUUCCAUCCCAGUUAUGGUGUCUGAAGAUGGUAAAGCUCAUAAUACAAACCUUUUGAAGUCCUUCCAGGGACAUAAGCAAGUUCAAGCAGGGUCAACACAGAAAGAUACAGAGGGCAAACAAUCUUGCAGUACUUCUACAAGAACUCGUACUAAGGUUCAAAUGCAAGGAGUUGCUGUUGGUCGUGCUGUUGACUUGCUUGCAUUGGAUGGCUAUGAUGCACUCUUUAAUGAGUUGGAGAAUAUGUUUGAGAUUAAAGGGGAACUUCGCCCUCGUAACAAAUGGGAAAUUGUUUAUGCUGAUGAUGAGGGGGAUAUGAUGCUCGUUGGAGAUGAUCCAUGGCCGGAAUUUUGUGAGAUGGUAAGGAAAAUCUUAAUUUAUUCGUGCGAGGAAGUGAAGAAGAUGCGUCCCAGAUGCAAGCUUCCCGGGCCAUCUUUGGAGGGUGAAGGAACAGUUGUGAGCUUGGAUUCGGAGCUCAGAUCCGAGUAGUUUGCCUUUGUUGUAUUUUACCCUUUUUUUUUUUUGGGGGGGGGGGGUCUCUCUUUUUUCUUUUUCUUUGUAAUCUCUUGAGGGUUUCAUUUGAAGGGUAUAGGAAUGGGGGCAAAAAAAGGCCAGGAUUUGCCCAGUUUUUUGGAGCUUGCUCAAGAGAGAGCAGAAGCAAACUAGAAGAUUGGGUUUUGAUUGAAAUGGCAGAAACCAUCUGGGUUGUAAAAUGGAAGAAACACAAUGGUGAAGGUUAGAAUUGGAUCUUGUGAAUACCUAGGGGGUUGGUGUUAUUUUGAAUGAUAAGCCUGUAAUUUUAUCAUUGUUUUUGUGUUU